GAGGCACAUCUGGACAGCUGCGCUGAGGAACUGUGCGGCCCCUUCGCGGGCCCGACGUCAGCUGAGCACGUCCCCCACGUCCUCUCCUUUGAGCCACUUAUUUAUUCACUUUUCCAAAGAAGCAACCAGGAAUCCAAGUUUAAAACUUUUUUCGCCCUAAUGCGAGACGGGGCCAGAUCCCAUCCAACACACAGUUUAACUUUCAUGGGGCUCUGGGAUCAAAAGGACAGAAACAGCAACAGCAAAAGCCCAGCCGCUGUCUGAUUUAAAACUGGCAAAGUGGGAAAAAUAGCGUUGAGUAAGACCGAUUUGGUCAUGGGGAAUUUCAAAGGCCAUGCUCUCCCUGGAACCUUCUUCUUUAUCUUGGGGAUUUGGUGGACAACAAAGUGCAUUCUGAAAUAUGCCUUCAAAAAGCACAAGCGGACUUCCUACCUUGAUUCCAAAGUAUUAUUCCAUCGAGUAGAAAUUUUGGAGGGAAUCAUAAUAGCUGGAAUGGCUUUAACUGGCAUGCUUGGAGAACAGUUUAUUCCUGGAGGACCGCACCUGACCUUAUAUGACUACAAAGAGGGCCAGUGGGUCCAACUCCUGGGCUGGCAUCAUUUUACCAUGUACUUCUUCUUUGGGCUGCUGGGUGUGACAAACAUCUUAUGUUCCACCAUCAGGUCACUUCCUGCCUCCUUUACCAAGUUAAUGUUAGCAAAUGCCUUAUUUGUGGAGGGUUUUGUCUUCUACAAUCACACUCAUGGUCGGGAGAUGCUGGACAUCUUUGUGCACAAGCUUCUGGUCUUGGUCAUCUUUUUGACAGGCCUCAUUGCCUUCUUGGAGCUGUUCAUACUGACCAAUAUAACUGUGGAACUUCUGCGGAUAAGCUUUUUCCUACUUCAGGGAAGCUGGUUCUGGCAGAUUGGGUUUGUCCUUUAUCCCCCCAGUGGAGGUCCUGCAUGGGAUUCAGUGGAUCAUGACAACGUUAUGUUUCUCACCAUAUGCUUUUGUUGGCAUUAUGCAAUAGCCAUUAUCAUCAUUGGAGCAAUUUAUGCCUUUGUCACCUGGUUGGUUAAAUCUCGAUUUAAGAGGUUCUGCCCCUCAGAAGUUGGACUCCUGAAAAAUGCUGAACGAGAACAAGAAUCAGAAGAAGAGAUGUGACUUUGAGCGUCCAGUCUUUCUAGCUGAAAUUUCUCUUUUUUUAAAUUUUAUUAUUUUUAAUCACAGUUUUGCCUUUUCACAUUUUGUUUGGAGAACAACUGGUUGAGAAUGAUUCUUGGUGUCAUGGUAUUUGGGGCUUGGAGUGGCUCUCCCCAGGUCAUCUAAAGUGUGAUGCCCAUACUGAAAAAUAUUGUUUUAUUUGCCUUAUAGAUAUAUAUGCUCAGGGUUCCUGGGCUUACUACCAUUUGUAACUCAUUAUAGAUGGAAUUUCACUUGUUUAUCUUGUUGCUGCAAUGAGAAAUAAAUGAAUGCAUGGACCUUCAUUCAAACA